CUCGAAUCCUUUCGAUAACAGAAAACUGGUGGUCAUGCCCCUCUCCAUUUCAAUCCCACCUCCCGCGAAAACCAUCACCUCUCUCCUCCUCCGAUUCUCCAAAACCCACCUCCCGAUCCUCACUGCUUAUUUAAUCCAAGCCCAAAUCAUCAAAUCCAAGAGCAACUCUGACCCCUUCGCCUACAAUGUCAUAAUCUCUUCUUUCCUUGCUUCCAACCAACUCGAGAGCGCCCGCAAACUGUUCGAAGAAAUGCCCGAGAGAAAUAUCGUCACAUAUACCACAAUUGUCGAUGCCCAUAUGAAAUGUGGACUCGUCAGUGAUGCCCUUAUCUAUUUUAGGAGAAACCCAUUUCAAUCGGUGAUAUCUUACACCGCGGUUAUAAAUGGGUUGGUACGAAAUGGGCUAGGGUUGCGAGCUUUAUUGCUUUUCAAGGAAAUGCUUUGCGAUGGAUUGAUGCCCAAUGAGAUAACAUUCACAACCAUAAUCAGGGCUUGUAUAAUCUCUGCAUAUGAUCAUGUAUACAUGUUGCCUAUGGGGAAAUCUAUUGUCGGGUUGAUUGUGAAGACUAAUUUCGAGAAGCAUGUGUCUGUUUGCAAUUCAUUGAUCACCAUGUUCUCAAAGAUGAGGGAAGUUGAUAAUGCAAAGAGAGUCUUUGAUGAGAUGAUCGUGAGGGACGUUAUUUCUUGGACUGCCCUUCUUGAUUUUUAUUUCGAGGUGGGGGACUUGAAAGAAGCGCGCCAAGUCUUUGAUUCAAUGCCAGAAAGAAAUGAGAUCUCUUGGAGCACAAUGAUCGCGAGGCUAAGCCAGAAUGAUGAGUCUCUGGAGGCUUUGAGAUUCUUUUAUCGGAUGGUUCAUGAUGGAUAUAAGCCUAAUGUAUCAUGCUUUGCAAGUGUGCUCAGUGCGUCUGCUAGCUCUACGAGCUUGCAAUUUGGCAGUAAUGUGCAUUCUCUUGUAGUGAAAUUUGGGAUGGAAAAUGAUAAUUUUGUUGCUAGCUCACUGAUUGAUAUGUACUCAAAAUGUAGGAAGUCUCAAUAUGGACGCCAAGUCUUUGACUUUGUUUUAGAUAAGAAUAUUGUUGUGUGGAACACAAUGUUAGGGGGCUAUAGCUUUGAUGGGAGAGUAGAGGAUGCCGAGGAUAUUUUUGAACAAAUGCCUGCGAGAAAUAUAGUUUCAUGGAAUGCUAUGAUAUCAGGCUAUGAUCUAAAUGAACGGUAUGGGAAAGUUUUGGAGACAUUUGAUGCCAUGUUAUUCUCAGGACAGGUGCCUAUGGGGAUGACCUUCUCAAGUGUUAUCCAUUCUUGUGCCAAUUUGCCAUCACUGGAGAAAGGCAAGAAUCUUCAUGGGAAAAUUUUGAAGCUAGGGUUAGAAAAUGAAGUGUUUGUCGGCACUUCACUGCUGGAUAUGUACUCCAAAUCUGGAGAUGUUGAAAGCUCAAAGAAAAUAUUCUCCAAAAUGCCUCAGAAAAAUGAGGUAUCUUGGACCGCUAUGAUCCAAGGGCUUGCAGACUCUGGAUGUGUCAAUGAAUCAAUUGAAUUAUUUGAGCGAAUGAAAGAAACAAACAUCAUUCCUACUGAAACAAUGUUCCUAUCAAUUCUCUUUGCUUGUUCUCACUGUGGAUUGUUGGAUAGAGGACUCCAUUACUUUGAAUCAAUGAAGAAAGAGUAUGGAAUUUUUCCAAAUGAGAGGCAUUAUACUUGUAUGGUGGAUUUAUUAUCUCGAGCUGGGCUCUUGAGAGAAGCCGAAGAGUUCAUUGGAAGGAUGCCAGUUGAACCUGAAGCUAACACAUGGGCAGCAUUAUUAAGUGGUUCUUGUACUUUUCGUAAUGAGGAAAUUGGUGAGAGAGCAGCUAAGAAGUUUAUUUCGAAUUUAUAUGCUUCAGUUGGGAGAUGGAAGAAAGCUGCAAAGGUGAGGAGAUUGAUGAGGAAAGCAGGAAUUAAGAAGGGGGGAGGAAGCAGUUGGAUUCAGAUUAGAGAUAGGUUUCAUCCAUUCUAUUCUUGGAAUGCUGACCACAUAGAGUCCUUGGAGAUAUAUGGGGUAUUGGAGCUCUUGAUGUCAGAAAUGGCUUAGAACCAGGAGAAACUUUUAUUGUUUUCUCUCUUUCGUAUCAAGCAUGAGCUACGCUGGAGAAAUUAGUAUAAAGCAGAGAAGCUCAAAGGUGAGGCAUGGAGUCUGGAGGGAAUUUCUUCUUCAGAAUUAUAAUUCUCGUCAACGUAAGAAGAAAGGUCAAUAGUAAGUGACUUUUCUCUUUGCAGCUUGGCUUCAUAUACUUCUUUUUUCCAGCAGAAUUGAGUUUUUGACUUCCGGCCUAUCAUUGUGAGUUAAUCAUUUUGAACUUCACAAUCAUUGCCUCUUUCAUGCAAACAGCAGCAAGUUUUCAUUUGCUGAAUGCCUCCUGUAAUAUUUUGCAAUGAUCAAU